UUUCUAUUAUUUUAACACGUUUUUAUCUCUGAAUAGCUUGUAUUUUAUGAGUUAUUUCCACUUCCAACACCUUUAACCUCCAAAUUAUCAUAACUGUUAAAAAUUUUAAUAAAAAAAAACUCUCAACGAGUUUUACGCUUUUAUUUAUUACUUUUAAUAAUAAUAAAGCAUGGAUGAGUCUUUGCUUAACUUGGCAGCUGAAUUCGAAGAUGAUUUUGAUGUGGAAACACCUUCAACAUCUCAAAAAGCACCCACAGAAGUUGAAAAACCCUCAGAGGGAGAAACAAUAGCAAUAAAAUCUAAAGCUGGAGCUCAUUGUCUACUAGUAAACCCAAAACAAAAAGGAAACCCAAUACUCAAAUCAAUUCUAAAUGUCCCAUGGGAAUAUGAAGAUAUCAUUGCAGAUUAUCAAAUGGGACCAACAGUUUGUGCCUUAUUUCUAUCUCUGAGAUAUCACAACUUAAAUCCUGAUUAUAUUCAUGAAGGACUCAAACUCCUAGGCAGACAAUUUGACCUGAGAGUGUUACUCGUCCAGGUGGAUAUUCCAGAACCACAUCAUGCACUCAAAAACCUCACAAGAAUCUGUAUCCUAGCUGAUCUCACAUUAAUUCUCGCUUGGAGUCCAGAAGAAGCUGGAAAAAUCAUUGAAACAUACAAGAUUUAUGAAAAGAAGCCAGCUGAUAAGAUAAUGGAGAAAAGUGAGACUUCUCCACAUCUUAAAUUGAUUCAAGCACUUACAUCUAUCAAACCUGUUAAUAAAACAGAUGCAAUGACUUUGAUCAAUAAGUUUAAGACUCUGAAAGGGAUAAUCAAAGCAUCUGAGUAUCAACUAGCGGAAUGUCCUGGUUUCGGAGCUAAAAAAGCUAAAAAACUGUAUAAUACUUUACAUGAGAACUUUUGUAGAUAAAUAUAAGUUUUUCUUUGAGUUUA